UACAUAGAUACUCGAAUAUGCUCGAAUAAUAGAUGAUGAAUAAAGUUGAUGCAUAGCAAUUUAGUCGUGACCAUUUAUUCAAUUGAACAGUACAAUAUUUGUUUGUCCAUUGUAAAAUACUUCAUUCUAUCCAAUUCUAAUUCCAAAAGUAAUAUUAUUAUUCUAUCCGGUUCUAUAUAUAUAUAUAUGUAUAUCAUUUGAAUGUAUUCACGUGGGAAAAGCAAGGUUAUGUUUUGAUUUCCUUGGCAUGCAAAUAGUUUACAUUAGGAAUCGAAUAAAUCUCAAAUAAAUAAUCAGCAUGGAAGCUGUAUGGAAUCGCAUGCAUUUGGAACGUCCACCAAAUGCAAGUUGCUACAUCAAACGUGAAAAGUUUGAUUCAAUAAAGUUUCAAACGGUCUUAGAAAAAGCUAUAAAGGAUUUAAGUUCUCAAGAAUUGUUGCACAAGGAGGCAGCAAUCUUAAGCAGGUUGAUUUAUCGUAUGAAAAGUAAAUUUCGAAACGACAAAGGUGUUAAAGAGAUGUUUAAAGUAAACAGGGCUCUGCUCAAUUAUGUUUCCAUAUCUCUUGAAAAGGAAUAUGAAAAUUUAAGAAACUACAUUGAUACAGACGAUAAAUACGUUAAAUUACCUAGUAAACAGAUGGUACAAUAUGUUUUGGUGAGAACUCAAGGCUUUGCAAAGCUCAUGAUACGUGUAGAAGAAACCUCAAAGCAUGCUGCACAUUUCCUCAAAAAGAGAAUAGGUUUAGGUCAUGCAUGGACUAUCGCUAUUGUUGCAUAUGCUGUUAUUUGUAGAAUAUGGAUUUUAUCAAGGCAUCUUAUUAAAAGAACUUGUACAUGGUACAACGACUUGUACGAGUAUUUAAAAUUAUUUAAAGCCUGUGGACUGAACUGGCUUCCCAAAGAGUAUGAAACUCCGAGCAACUUGGACGAAUGGUUGGCAUUACCAUGGAUAGAUGAGCCUACACCAAAUGUCCCUAGCAAUCAUGGAUUAGGAACUACAAUGUUUAAAUUAAUCACUUUACGUGAAUAUGACUCUGAGGAAGACAUAGCAUUAGAUGCGAAUGAUUAUAGUAAAGAAACAGAUCUUGAAAAUAUAACUUCACGCGAACAGGAGGGAAACGUUAGUACUGUAACUAAGAAUGAAAAGAAAAAUGGAUUUCCUAAUGAUGAUACAGGAGAAGUUAUAGAUCGUCGUGCUUACAACUUAAUUCAUACCAAACCAAAUACUGAAGCAUAUGAUAACGAUAAUCAUCAAAAUAAGGAUAAUAAGGAAAUUUAUUUUGACGAUACAGAAGAUGUAGGUACAAGUAUAAGACAAGACCAGAAUGUUAUGGUGCCUCUAAAAAAGAAGCACGCACGAAAAUUAUUAACAAUAGACAAUGUUAACAAUAAGAGAGACUUGACGGAGCUUUUAAACAAGGAGUCAUACCCUGGUUUGGAUAAACUACAAUGGAACAUGAUUAGAAAUAAAAGUAAAAAACAACUAAACAAAUUGGAUGCAUGUUCUGAUGAAAUAAAUCAGUCAAUUUUAUUUAAAAAAGUGAUCAAACGUAUACAUCGUUGGUUAACAUAUGUAUAGUGUAAUUCAACUUAUCAUGCAUGUAUAGUAAACAUUUAAAAAUAUUGACUAUGUGUAAAAAUCGACUAAGAAACGCUUUAAAAUAAAUGUAUAUGUUGUAUAAAGUAUUUUAUUUUGACGAAAUAAACGUAAAUCCAUCAA